GGACGUGGGGAGCGGCGGCGUGCUGUGCCUCAGUUUCCCGGCCCCGAAAGGCGGCCGGGGCCACGUGGGGAAGAGCUCGUUUCUGGCAUCCAGCGGGACGCUGUGUGGAAGGGACAGGUGCGGUUUCAGGAAUUCCCCUCGGUCCUCGCCGGGUGCGGAGAACGACCGGCACUCCCGAGACCUCACAGCGGGUUGCGGCCGCGACCCUUCCCGAGGCCGUGACCUUGAGCGAGUCCCCUGCGCCGCUGGGCCCAUGUGCUCCCGGAGGUGAAGUAGUAUUAACGGUUCCUCGUCCGGGUUGAGGGCCCUGGAAAGCCUACGUGGGUGACGUGUGUCUCCCGGUGUCCCGCAGGGCUCUGGGGGCUCUUUCCACGGAGGUGCCUCCUGAGCCUGUGUUGAUCGCGGAGGCGCGACCCGGCGGGAGUCCGACUCUUGCGCCUUGCCGGCUUCUAGCCUCUACCAGGCUAGGGCGGGGGUGGAGGAUGGGGACGCAGUUUCUGGAAUUGCCGCUGUGCUUGGGCGGAGAGGUGGAAGGGCAGGCUGAGAGCCAGGGCGGCCAAGGAGUUUCCGUUCACAGCACACGGAACCGACUUUCCUUGACUGUAGCGGACCUGUUUUCUUAUCGAAGACAUUCAGUUAGCUUUGACCAGGGAGUCCAUCCACACGGUCAGUGCCGAUCGUGUUAGGGCGUGGGAUGUCCCCUUGCACGCACAUGCACAGGGAGCUCCGGGGACGCGCUAGCAGUCGCCCCAAGCCCCCCCUUCAUGGCCUAGACCGUUGUCAGCACAUGUCUUCCCAUCCGCAGGGCGCCGCCCCUCACUUUUAUUUCAGACCCACCCUGUUGCCCCGUGCGAAGUUCACUAUCAUCUCUUCAGUCUUCUUGCUCCAUUGUUUUGUCUUUGGAAUCUUUAGGGCCCUCUGACAUGGUCUUGCUGAUUUUAGUUGCUUGUUCAGAAUCUGUUUCCAGCCCCGUAUCGUGAGCGCCUGUUGCUGCUCUAUGCCAAGACCUAGAACGGCCUGGGCUUGUAAAAGGUACUCAAUAAAUGGUUGAAUGAGUGAAUGGGUCUCCCACUCAGGGGCUCCCAUCAUACUUGUACUAAAUGCACACAAACCCCACCGUGGCCUUCAGGGCUGUGCUGGAUCCGCAGGGGAGACACCUCCCGGCUCCUCCCCUUCCCUUCUCCUGCUCAGUGCACCCGGCUGGGUGGUGCUGAACUUGCAAAGUCUUUCCCAUUUUGCAGCCUUCCUCCUUGCACUUCCCUUCAUCCGACAGGCCUCUGCAGGGCUGUCUCUCCUGUGCAUCAGUGUCACCUACUACAAGAGCCUUUUCCUGGUGGUUUUAAUUCUGGCGAAGGUGCCCCUGGCCCCCACCUGCCUGUUUUCUGGAGACAGUGUCAUCUUUUGCCAGAUGUUCUGAUCCUGUCUCUAAUGUGAGAUUGCGGGCUUUCUAGAGCUGCGUAAGCCCCAGGCUGCGGGCUGUGACAUGGACGUGAUAGUGGCAUUUACGUUGUGGGCUGUGGGAGGAUUAGGAAAAGUCACAAAAUACAUUGAACACAUUCGACCCUGGGCACUCGAGUGUCCACAUGUAAACCUUUUCGUUUUAGUUCUCAGAACUGCCUGGUGAAGUGGGAAUGAUUAUGGUAUCGAUGUGGAAACCAAGGCUUAGAGAAAUGAUGUUUUGGUUACCUUUAAGGAUGUGGCUGUGACCUUCACCCAGGAAGAGUGGGGACAGCUGGAACUGGACCAGAGGGCCCUGUACCAGGAGGUGAUGCUGGAGACCUGUGGGCUUCUGGUCUCACUGGGGCACGCAGUCCCCGAAGCAGAGUUGAGGCACCUGCUGGAACAUGGGCGGGAGCUGUGGACUGGAAAGGGAGGCCUCUUGUGGAGCACCUGCCCAGGUGACAGCGCCAGACUUUGGACCAGAGACCCAAGCGCCUGUCAGCCGGUUUUGUCUGCGGGAGCCCGGCUCCGGGGAAGCCCGGCCCAGGGACCUUCAAGGGCCUCCAGGUUGGUGCAGGCCAGGGGUUGGGAAGGGCAUCUGGAAACGCAGAAAGGUCGACUGACGCCUGGGAGGGACGCUCACAAGACCCACCUUGAGAGAAUGAACCUUGAAGAUGACGGUUUGGGGACAGAGGACGGUCUGCACCUCCAGGUGUUGCAAAAGAGAGUCUCUCCGGGAGAGGUGCUCCGUGAGCGGGACCCACAGGGACCGGACAGAGGCUGCGCGCUUCGUGCGGGGAGUGACCUCUACAAAUGCAAGCAGUGUGGGAAAGGUUUUAACCGCAAGUGGUACCUCGCGCGGCAUCAGCGGGUCCACACCGGCACAAAGCCCUACGAAUGCAACGCGUGCGGCAAAGCCUUCAGCCAGAGCUCGACCCUGAUCCGGCACUACCUCAUCCACACCGGGGAGAAACCGUACACGUGCCCGGAGUGCGGAAAGGCCUUCAAACGCAGGUCCUACCUCCUGCAGCACCGGCCGGUCCACACCGGGGAGAAGCCCUACGAGUGCGCCCAGUGUCGGAAGGCCUUCGCCCACCGCUCCACUUUCGUCCGGCACAGCCGCACCCACACGGGAGAGAAGCCCUUCGAGUGCAGGGCCUGCGAGCGGUCGUUCGGCAACCGAGCGCACCUGAUCCAGCACUACGUGGUGCACACGGGGCAGAAGCCGUACGAGUGCGCCGAGUGCGGCAAGGCCUUCCGCUGCGGCGCGGAGCUCCUGCAGCACCGGCGCGUGCACACCGGCGAGAGGCCUUUCGCGUGCGCCCAGUGCGGGAAGGCCUUCCACCGCAGCACCUACCUCCUGCAGCACUCGGUCGUCCACGCCGCGGAGGCGCCCCACCGCUGCCCCCAGUGCGGCAAGGCCUUCAAGCGCCGCUCACACCUGCUGCAGCACCGGCGGGUGCACCCCUGAGGGGGCCCCUCGCGCCCUACCCCGGCGCCUCUUCCGGCCCUCCGGAGGGGUCCCCGGCGGGAAGCGCCGCUCGCCGUGCAGAACGGCGGGGAGAUUUGCUUGGCCCUCAGACGCGUGAGCGGCCCCACCGGGCAUGGGCCGCGUGCGGGCGGCCCCCACCAUCGGACUCGAGCGGCGAACUGUGGGGGGCGGGGCACUCGGGCUGCCUCUGUCGGGGACGCACCGCGGAAGGAUGUUCCUGGCACAACCUAGGGGCCUCUAGCCAGAAGCGGCGCCUUCCCUGCCAUUGGAGAAUUCAAAACGAACGGGAGACGUCAAUGUCGUUGCUGUGAGAAAACCCAUGACACGUGGGCGCUUACGGUCAGGUGGAGAGUCACGCGGAGCGGACACUGCGGGGGCCCUCCGGUGCCCGUGAAAGGGCUGAGGGACAGGACAGGGGGUACUGUGCACUUACACGGACGUCGGCCACAGGUCUGCCACUUAGCCACCUCGGCAUUACUUUUAAAAGAAUAAAAAGAAGGGGUGGAAACAUAGACUUCAAAUGGAAGGAACGGAUGUCUUUACAAACUCUUUCACGUUUCCGUGCCGAACCUACUACAGUUUUUCAUCAGUUUUAAUGUUUUGGUGGGGGGUAUAUUUGAGAGGAAGGGUCUUAGCCCCCCCCCCUUUUUUUUUUUUAAGUUUAUUUGUAUUUAUUUUUAGAGAGAGAGUGAGGGAGGGACGGAGAGAGAGAAUCCCAUGCAGGCUCCAGGCUCCAAGCUGUUAGCCCAGAGCCCUACUCAGGGCUUGAACUCAAGAACCAUGAGAUCAUGACCUAAGCCGAAAUCAAGAGCUGGAGGCUUAACCCACCGACCGGCCCCCGGCCUUUGUUUUUCUGUGUGUUCACUGCCACCCUGUGUCAGGAAAAGUUGGGACAGUGAGGGCAACUGUACAGAAGUUUGCUGGAAGCCUGUGUUACAAUCAUCCCCACCCACGAGGAACGUAGUCCUUUGUGAGAAAUGUGAAGGCUGAGUCACAAGACACUUGGACUUCCAAGUUAGAACUCUGAAAAUAACACCGUGUGCCACUUACACCCACACUGGCUGAGAGAAGGAAGCCAUGCACGGUGUCACAUUGAAACAUGCCCCCUCAAGACCGUUUACGGCUUUGAUACUUCGAAGUAAAGCUUCUGUUCGUGUGGUUUUUAAAUUCUCGACGUUCUCUCUCCCUCACUUUUUCUUGACUCCAUUCUGCUCCUUUGUUUUCUUUCUUUUCCCCUGACAGUAUGGUGUGGCCUUCUGGCGGGGGGGGCGGGGGGGGGGUCCUAAUUCCCUCCUCCGCCUGGUGGUUCAAGGGACUGGGCCCUCCCUCCCACAUCCCCUCCAGUUGUCCCAGGCUUGAAUUAUAGCUAGAAACAGUGACCUAAAACACACUGCUGGGGCAGAUUCACGAUGAGCCCAGGAAACAAACACCCGAGUAUCCUCACUGUCUGAUCUUACAAAGGGCUGUGUGAAGUUGUGCUACAAAAUAAAGGGCCAGGGACUUUA